AGUUAUAAUACUGUGACAGCUAGCUAGCGACAGGUACCGUAUAUUACUAGUUUAUUACUACGGUACGAACUCAGUGCAAGUAUUCUGAUUAAUAAUACGACAUUACAGUACAGACGUUUGGAAGUUGAAUUGAAUUGAGGACAUAGCAACGUGGAGAGUCAGUUAGCACACGUAUAUCUAUCCAUCCAAUUACCUAGCAGUUUUUCUACCUUUGAGUUCUCAACACUAAGUGUCUACCGAGGAGACUACUAGGUCUAGGGCGUGAAACAGGCCCAAAACGAACAACAACAACAACAACAAUAUCUAUCUAGUCUUAGACCAAAAUUAAAAAGCUUCGCCUUCGGUCUCUGUUAUAUAUUAUGAAUAUUGCCAUUGGUUGUUCCGCUGAACUCCGUUCGCUCCAAAUCCACUCAUCAAUUAUUUACAGAGAGACCGAAGUUCUAACGAUCUUGGGAGUUGCUAGUUGGAGACCAAACUCAAAGAAAGCCAGAAACUAAUGGUGAUAUUGUGCUUGGAAUGGCAGACGGUUAUGAAGGUGACUUUGUCAUCAUUGGAGGUGGUGUUGCCGGUGUAUCUUGUGCAGAGCAGCUAUCCCACCUUUGUCCAGAUACCAAGAUCAAGCUUUUUACAGCAUCACCUCUCAUCAAGGCUGUGACAAAUUAUCAGAAGGUUUCCCGUGCCUUAGAAGACUUUGAUGUGGAAGAGAAGCCAUCUCAGUGGCUUGAGGUCAAGUGUCCUAAUGUAGAGGUCAUAAGGUCAGAGGUCAAAGGACUUGACCCAGAGCAACAUCUCAUCAAGACUUCAGAUGGCCAUCAUACCCGCUACUCCAAGAUCUGUAUCUGUACGGGAGGAAGCCCUAAGCUUAUUGCAGCAGAUAAUCCCUAUAUUUUAGGAAUCAGAGAUACAGAGAGUGUGAGAACAUUCCAGAAGCAUUUAGAAGGGGCUAGAAGAAUCAUUGUUGUUGGUAAUGGAGGCAUAGCAACUGAACUGGUAUAUGAGGUGGAAGGAUGCCAGGUAAUAUGGGCUGUCAAGGAUCAAUCUAUUUCAAGCACAUUCGUUGAUGCUGGAACAGCCGACUUCUUCUUGCCCCACCUAGUGGAAGAAAAGAAGGCGGGUGAUGUAGGGCCUUCCAAGCGGUUGAAGUAUUCAGUCACCAAAUCAACAGGUGAUGACACGUCAAGCAAACAGCCUGGGGUUCUUGGGAGUGCGCUUGGCCCUGAUUGGAGCUCUGGUUUGAAUAUGAGAGGUCAAGGGUCACAGUCUCAUUCUGUUCAUGUGGAAUACAAGUGUGAGAUCCAAGAAUUGCUCACUCCUGAUGAAGCGAAGAAGCUAGGGAUGACAGACGCUGUACCUUCUGCCAGUGCAUUAUCAGACCAUACAAACCCAUGGCCCGUUUAUGCCAAACUUACAAAUGGCAAAAUAUAUGGAUGUGAUUUUAUUGUGAGUGCAACCGGAGUGACACCAAGCACUAAUAUUCUUGCUGGAGUACCAUCUCUGAAACUUGGCGUUGAUGGUGGUGUUGAAGUUGACGAUCACAUGAGGACUAGCAUUGCUGAUGUAUAUGCUGCAGGUGAUGUGUGCACUGCUACAUGGGAUCCAGCGCCAAACUGGAUCCAGAUGAGACUAUGGUCUCAGGCUCGUCAGAUGGGCGCAUAUGCUGCCAAGUGCAUGGUGGCUGAUGUGACUGGUGAGACGAUCCCACAGGAUUUCUGCUUUGAGCUCUUUGCCCACGUGACGCGGUUCUUCGGUUUCAAGGUCGUCCUGCUGGGGAAGUUUAAUGGUCAGGGGCUGGGAUCGGACUAUGAGGUGUUGCUGCGGAUGACGAAGGGGGUUGAAUUUGUGAAGGUGGUGAUGCAUUGUGGGUUGAUGAGAGGAGCCAUAUUGAUUGGGGAUACUGAUCUUGAAGAAACCUUCGAAAAUCUUAUUUUGAAUGAGAUGGACUUAAGUAGGUAUGGUGAAGACUUGCUUGAUCCAAACAUUGAUAUUGAAGAUUACUUUGACUAGUUCACCAUUUGCUUUGACAAACAUUGGUAAUCUCAAAGCAUAGAGCAAGUUAACAUUUAUGGCCCAUUAAAGAUUAUACCACCAUGCUGGAACCUAUGGAAAACUUGUGUUGUAGCAGAAUCAUUCAGUUGCCAAUGGGCUAGCUUAACUUAGACCAUACUUGUAAAAUCAUUCAGUUGCCAAUGGGCUAGCUUAACUUAGACCAUACUUGUAGAAUCAUUCAGUUGCCAAUUGGCUAGGUUAACUUAGACCAUACUUGUAUGGAAUGCCAGUUGUCAACUAAAUCACCAAGCAAUUUAUUUUUUAAUCCUGCAGUGAAGAUUUUCCACAAUAUAAGUCUUGUUGGGAAAUGAGAAGUGAGGAGAAUAAUUGAGUUUCAGUUAAACUCUUAGUUUAUGAUCCUUUUCCAUAGAUAAUGGAAUAUAAAACAUCUCAUUACAUAGAAGUUUGGAUUAAAAUUUUUAUGUAGAGACUACCACCCAUAGAUGAGAUAAUUUAUAUGAAUUUAUUUUUUACCUUUAUAUUUUGUUCAUAUCAAACAUGGAAUUUAUGAUUUAUGAAAAUAUAUCAUCAGCUUUCAAUUAGGAAAUUAAAAACUUUUAUCUAUAUGUGAGGAAUGAGGAUGGAUUGGCAGUGACACAAAAUUUCCUCCUGUGACAUUUGCUUUGGUUUUACAUCUCAGAGGGCAUAGAGUUACAGUUUGGAUUGUAAUAGAGUUUUUUGUUCAGAAUAAUGAAACAAGUGGAAUGCCUCUGGCCGUCUCACCUGCAUCACGCGAUUCAAUAUAGCAGCAGUGCUGAUUUUGAAAACUACUAUAACUCGCACAAGAUGUUCAGUGAUACUUGGUUACUCUUAUUUCCACGUUUUAUGAACUAGACCAAUACACUUAUAGAGAUAUGAUGGCAAUUCAACAAAUACCCCCAACGUGGCCAAAGUUCUUUGACCUUACAUGACCUUUGACCUUGAUCAUGUGACCUGAAACUCGCACAGGAUGUUCAGUGAUACUUGAUUACUAUUAUGUCCAAGUUUUAUGAACUAGACCAACACACUUUCAAAUUUAUGGCUGUAAUUCAACAAAUACCCCAAUUUGGCCAAAGUUCACUGACCCUAAAUGACCUUUGACCUUGAUCAUGUGACCUGAAACUUGCACAGGAUGUUCAGUAAUACUUGAUUACUAUUAUGUCCAAGUUUCAUGAAUCAGAUCCAUAAACUUUCAAAGUUAUGAUGGUAAUUCAACAGAUACCCCCAAUUCGGCCAAAGUUCAUUGACCCUA